CUUGUGGUUACGGUUUUUGGAAUUAUUGCGAUUUGGAGGCAUGAUGCUCUGGCCAUGUGGGCUGCAAUGGGAGCAGUUGCAAACACAUGGCUUUCAAUCACGUUAAAACGAAUACUCAACCAAGAGAGACCUGUUGCUAGCUUAGGAUCUGAUCCAGGCAUGCCAUCUUCACAUGCUCAGUCCAUCUUCUUCGCUUCUGUCUAUGCUAUCCUAUCAUUGGUUAAAUCUCUAGGGUUGAAUGGAGUUACAGUGACCAUCGGGGUGCUCGGCUUGGCUUUCAGCUCAUAUCUUUCUUGGUUACGUAUAUCACAACGACAUCACACCAUUAGUCAGGUUGUGGUGGGUGCUAUUUUGGGAACCAUAUGCUCGAUUUUAUGGUUUCAGUCUUGGUACUGGUUCGUACUACAAGCCUUCCUUUCCUUUUUAUGGGUACGGAUUAUUAUUGUUCUUGGGGGCGUCACAUGCUGUGUGAUCUUUCUGUUGUAUGUCAUUAAACAUUGGCUUAUGGAUGGUGAUGAAGAUUAGACUC